UAUAAAUGCGCGUGUGCGCACCAUGGGCACUUAAGCCAACCCGCCUCACCAGCACAUAAAAACAGUUGCACAAUCCCGGAUGGCACAGUAUCCCUCCUUUUUAACACUGUCACCACCAAAAUCGCAACCAAUGGCUUCUCUCAGGGGUUCCGCCGCCACUGUCCGCCUCCUUCACUCCGCCUCUCGCGUCCGUCUCUCUCUCUCUUCAGCGUCCUCCUCAUUGUCUAUUUCCUCUUCUUCUUCUUACUCUCCUUCCUCUCUCAAAUGCCUCCGAUUCUCUCCUCUCGCACCUCACAUUUUUCAAGAUCAGAAGCGAUCGUCAAUGAGCACUGUUGCUGCGGCGUCUGAUCCUGUUCAGUUGAAGAGCGCGAGAGAGGAUAUUAAAGAACUCCUUAAAUCUAAAUCUUGCCAUCCUAUUCUGGUUCGGCUGGGGUGGCAUGACGCCGGCACAUACAACAAGAACAUAGAGGAGUGGCCAAGAAGGGGUGGAGCCAAUGGAAGUCUUAGAUUUGAUAUUGAACUUAAGCAUGCAGCCAACGCAGGGCUCGUUAAUGCAUUGAAACUGAUUCAGCCUAUCAAAGACAAGUAUUCUGGUGUGACAUAUGCGGAUUUGUUCCAAUUGGCCAGCGCAACUGCAAUAGAGGAAGCUGGUGGCCCGAAAAUUCCUAUGAAGUAUGGCAGGGUGGAUGUCUCAGCUCCCGAGGGAUGCCCAGAAGAGGGGAGGCUUCCUGCUGCUGGCCCCCCUAAACCUGCGGAUCAUUUACGAGAAGUUUUCUACAGAAUGGGAUUAAAUGACAAGGAAAUAGUUGCAUUGUCUGGUGCGCACACACUAGGAAGGUCUAGACCAGAACGCAGUGGUUGGGGCAAACCAGAGACGAAGUAUACGAAAAAUGGGCCUGGAGCACCAGGAGGGCAGUCCUGGACAGCAGAAUGGCUGAAGUUUGACAAUUCCUACUUCAAGGAUAUUAAACAAAGAAAGGAUGAUGAUCUGCUUGUAUUGCCAACUGAUGCUGCUCUUUUUGAAGAUCCUUCAUUCAAGGUGUAUGCAGAGAAAUACGCUGAAGAUCAGGAGGCAUUCUUCAAGGAUUAUGCGGAAGCCCAUGCCAAGCUAAGCAAUCUUGGGGCAAAAUUUGAUCCUCAAGAGGGAAUUGUGCUAGAUGGUGUUGCUGGAGAGAAGUUCAUGGCAGCCAAGUACUCUUCCGGGAAGGAUUAAAAAACAAGUAUCUUGUUUUCUACUGCCGUUUCUUAUAAUAAUACAGACAGGAUGAAUGUAUUUGCAAUUUCUGUGAGAUCACAUAUAAAACGUGGAAGUUGAAAUGGAGAAGAAAGGAAUAAAAUUCAAUUAGUGAUGCUAUUUGAAUUACAGAGAGAGUUAUCAGAGGCUAUGAAACAGAAGAUACGAGCAGAGUAUAAAGCAAUUGGUGGAAGCCCAGAUAAGCCUCUCCAGUCUAACUAUUUUCUAAAUAUCAUGAUCACGAUUGCUGUUCUUGCAUUCUUAACAUCUCUUCUUGGAAAUUAUGUUUGUUUUUGAGGAUUGUUAUAAAAUAGUGUUGUUUCUACCCA